UAAGCCUUAAUGUAGGCUGCAAAUUUCGCGUCGGGAAAAUUCUCUUGCAUAUUCUACGGUGCAUCAAGUAAACGACACCCAUUAGUGAGCCUUACUAUAAUAUUUAUAGGUCCCUUCGCCACCGAUUUAUUUUACCUAGCAUUGCUGACUUUCGGAAACUGGUCGCUUGGAAUUAAACUUAGACUUGCACUUGGGACAAUCAUGCCGCAUCCAGUGUUGCCCGUUGUUGUUGUUGUUGUUGGUGCGGCUGCUGUUUUUGUUGUGAUUUGAUUUGGUGCCACUUGCCUGCCUGCUGAUCUUGCUGCUGUUGUUCAGCCAGAAGUUGUUGCCGUCGCUGGAGGGGCAGCGUUACAGUUCGGAAAAUCGGUCAAUGGAAACGGGCUUGUAAGCAGGUGCAAUCGCUCGAGAGCCACAAAAUAGACCCAGAGGCCAGGCAGCAGAGAUUGGAGCCGCCGGCAUGUCGCUUAAGAAGGAGACGCCCUCGGAUGUUCAGCUGCACAUGGCGGCGAUGAGGGGCGAUGAAGUGGCCCUUCUUCGAGUGCUGGACAGCGGAAAGGUGCACGUGGACUGCAAAGAUGAGGACGGAACAACCCCACUAAUUUUGGCUGCUGCCGGAGGACACACGUACUGUGUGAUGGAGCUGCUCGAUCAGGGAGCGGAUCCCAACUCGCGGCGCCUCACGGGCACCACGCCCCUUUUCUUUGCCGCCCAAGGCGGCCACCUGGACGUGGUGAAGAUCCUGAUGAAGGCGGGCGCCAGUGUGGACACGCCCUCUGCGGACGGAGGCACGCCCCUUUUUGUGGCGGCCCAAGGUGGUCAUGUGAAGAUCGUGCGCGAGCUGUUGGAUUGCGGAGCGAAUGUGAAUGCCCACAUGAAGGAUCGAGCUACCCCAGUGUUUAUCUCCGCCCAGAAUGGUCAUCGCACCGUCUUAUCGCUGCUCAUUCAGGCCGGCGCCGAGAUCGACAUCAAGCGGAUAGAUGGAGCCACGCCCCUUUGGAUCGCCGCCCAGAUGGGCCAGGAUCACAUCUGCAAGGUGCUGCUGCAGAACGGCGCCAAUGUGGACACGGUUCGGUGCGACGGCGCCACGCCCCUGUUUAAGGCCGCCCACAAGGGCCAUGCGGCCGUGAUCACCGUGCUGCUCAAGUAUCGCCCCAAUCUCGGCCAGCUGCCCAACGGGGAGUCCGCCCUGCACGCCGCCGCCAUGUUCGGGCACAUGACCGUCUGCAAGCAGCUGGUGGCCGCCGGCAGCGACGUCCUGCUGAAGAACCAGGACGGCCUGACCGCCCUCCAGCUGGCCCACCAGCAGAAGUACACCUCCAUCUGUGAUUACCUCCAGGAGCGGAUCCGCACGAUGGUGGCGCGCAGCACGAAGGCGAUGGUCGCGUCUGGCGUCUCGUCCACGGUCCGGACGUAAGGGGCAUGCACCUGCGAAGCCUCCGAAGUACCUUCAUGCACAAUCCCUUGGCCUUUCUGCUUGAGCCCACAGAAAAAUAGAGGCAAGAGGAGCCAGAGGUGUAGAUCCGACACUGGGCAAGCGAAAGUGGCGAAUAACGAUUUGUGCUGCGGUUUGAAAACCCCCAAAAAGAGUGUAAUGUAUCUCAUAUAUAUCCUGGGAACCUUUGAGUUUUUAGGAACCACUUCCCUUUGCCCAGUGUAGUGCUCACUUCCGCACAAACAGAAAAAAAAAAAACAGAAAAAGCAACAACCACUAGUAAAACACGUCCAAGCUAAACUUAAUGGCCUACCCCGAGGAAACCAAACUAUUUAUCAGAUAAGCCGUAUCACUCAUAUUAAAAACCACUCGGAGCUUGUAUUUUGAAUUUAACACUAACCAUAACAAUAACGUUACUAUAAAGAUGUUAACAUGAACCCAUGAAAAGAGAAUGUUACAACGCCCCCUGUACAUAACCAUAUAUAUUAACUUAUAUUUAAACUAUACUUAAACCUACUUAUAGACCCACUCGACCCUAAGCAAUUGUUGACAAGUGCUUUAUGUUUGAACGCCUUUUUGUCCUUAAAUUAGCAAUUAGUUACACGCGAUGGUUUUCUGCUUGUUUCCCUGUAAGGUAGAUACGGUAAUUAAUUAAUUUCUUACUUUAUUACAUUUUAAGUAUAGUCCACAUUUUUGCAAGUUUAAUAAAUUGACACACGAUAA